UUCUGAUAGGGACAAUACUCUGUUCCCAGAGCCUGAUAACUAGAAUCUGGAUCUGUCCCACUGUGACAUCCCAGUUGGAGCAGAGUGCUCUUGGGGGAUCAUGGAAGUUAAAUUACUCUUUGUGGCAGGGAGCCGAACAAAGGGAGAAAGAUUUAUGAAAGGAUUAAGGCCGUGGGAGGAGCCUUGUAGCCUUGAAGCCAUUUGGCAAGCGGAAGGGUGCAGAGCUUGGCAGGCUGCAUCAUUACUUCCUGUGCAGCUAGCGUAAAAAGGCAGAGCCUGCACAGUGUUUGAUCAGGCAGGUGACAGUGGCAGGCAGAGGAUCAGUGGGACUAAGUGAGAAGUGUAGUGAUGGCACUGCAGCCAGCACAUGAAGACAAGGAAGCAAAAAAGGACCCACAGUCUGGUGCAGGCUCCUCCAUGCAGCUCUUCACCUGGGAGGACAUUGGACUCUGCACAGGCCAGGGACACCCACAGCAGAAGCAGUGGCUGGUGAUUGACAGGAAGGUCUAUGACAUCGGACAUUUCUACCAGCAGCACCCGGGGGGCGCUCAGAUCAUCAGUCACUACGCAGGACAGGAUGCCACGGAUGCCUUUACAGCAUUCCAUGCCAACAACGCACUGGUGAGAAAGUACAUGAGCUCAUUGCUGAUUGGGGAGCUGGCACAAGAUCAAACCAGCAUGGAGCCGAGCAAAAAUAAACUGCUGGUAGAAGAUUUCCGUGAGCUACGUGCCACCAUCGAGAGAAUGGGACUUCUGAACCCCAACGGCCUCUUCUUCUUCCUGAUUUUCCUGCAAAUUCUGCUGCUAGAGGCUGCCAGCUGGAUCACUCUCUGGUACUUUGGGACCUCCCUACUACCUUUUCUCAUCUCUGCGGUGCUGCUGACAACCUCCCUGACCCAAGCUGGGUUUCUGCAACAUGAUUUGGGACACCUCUCAGUAUUCAGAAAGCCCAAAUGGAACCAAGUGGUUCAUAUGUUUGUGAUAGGCCAACUGAUGGGCCUGUCUGCUAGCUGGUGGAAACUCACACACGACCAGCAUCAUGCUAAACCCAACUGCAUCUGCAAGGAUCCUGAUCUCAGUAUGCACUCUACCUUGUUUACUUUAGGGAAGGUGCCCUCUGUGGAGCUUGGGAUGAAGAAGAAGAAGUUCAUGCCUUGCAACCACCAGCACAAGUACUUCUUUGUCACAAUUCUCCCGUUCGCGUUUCCUGUCUACUUUCAAUACUUUGCAUUCCACAAGACAAUCCAGAGAAAAGACUGGGUGGACCUGACCUGGAUGGUGAGCUUCUACAUCCGAUUCUUUCUCACUUAUGAGCCCUUACUGGGGGUGAAGAGUCUCCUGGGGUUCUGUCUGCUGCUCAGGGUCCUGGAGAGUAUCUGGUUUAUCUUGCUGUUUUUCAUGAGCCACAUCCCAAUGAACAUUGAUUAUGAUAAGAACCUGGACUGGUUCUCUACCCAGCUCCAGGCAACAUGCAAUGUGGAUCAGUCCUUGUUCAAUGAUUGGUUCACUGGGCAUCAGAACUUCCAAAUGGAGCAUCACCUUUUCCCCACAAUGCCUCGAUACAAUUGCUGGAAGGUGGCCUCCCUGGUGAAGUCCCUGUGUGCCAAGCACAGCAUUGAGUACCAGUGCAAGCCACUCCUCACUGCCUUUGCAGAUAUUGUGCACUCUCUGAAGGAUUCUGGAGAGCUCUGGCUUGAUGCCUAUCUGCAUAAAUAAGCAGCAGCAGCACUUGUGACAUUCCAAUUACAGAAGCUGCCACAAAACCAACAAACAAACAAAACUAUGAAGCCCCUGAAGGCUAGCAGAUUUGGGGAAAUGAGAAAGCCUGGCUAGUAGGAGAUGAGGAUUGCUGGGAAAGUUUGAUUCCUGGAAUGAAGUUUAUUUUUUAAAAUCCCAUUCAUUUUCCUUCACAUGCUUCACCCUUUGCUUCUCUCUGGGGCUCCAAAAUGGGGAUGGUCAUCCUGUUCUGUGUUUGUACAGCACCUAGCACAAUGGAGUCCUGGGCCAUGACUAGGUCUCCUAGCACCACUCUAAUAUAAGUAAUGCAUUAAAAUAAAGACAGUAAGUCUUUGCAACAAGGAUGUGGGGUUCAGGCCCCCCGAAAGAAAAGGGGCUUUAGGAGUGGGAACAGCAGCCACUCUGUUUUAUUUUAUCCUCACUAUCACUGCCUUGAAAUAUUGUCCUAAUUCUGUCUGUGCUCUUUUCUAUUUUAGAUUGUAAUCUCUUUUGGGUAAAGUAUGGGUCUUCCUGCUUGUAAACAUGAUGAAUAAAUCUAGAUAAACAUUUUCACUCUGUCUGUUUGGGACCUCGUUCAGCUCCAUCCUGCCAAAGGAGUUGCAUCGACUGUAAUUGACAUGAUUCAGCACACCCACACUUUACACUAGUGCCCGUUUUCAGUGAGCUUGUGUUUUACCCUUACUUAACACUAUCGCUUUGCUCAACCGAGUCCGCAGCAAUGCCUUCUGAGUAUAUAUGUCCUAGAGUACCCAGUGCUGCUCAAGACACAGAGCAGUAUGGGUAACUUUGAACAGUCUUCCAGACAGCUCAUUGCUACCUAAAGGAAUUGGAGGAGGAGAGAGUUUUGCUCUCACAGCAGUAGAAUCCUAUGUGGGGAAGAUUUUCAUUACCAAGUUCCAUCUUGUAGAAUGGAUGCAUCUUCUGCCCACUCCUAGAUUUACUGCUGUAUAUGACCUACUAGAAAGUGUCCUUCAGACCUUUAUUGUUUUCCUGGGAUCGAUAUCUAAGUUAGUGAAAGUCCAGUUGUGCAGGUUACUGGGAAAUGCCAUCCUACACCUGCUGGUUCUUCCAUAGCUGCUGAAGCUCUGUAGUACCUGGCCAGAUGGCAGCUUGUUCACAUAAAUGUGCCAUUGUUCAGAGCAGAUCAGUCACCAGCAGAAAUCAGUCACUAUGGAAGCAGCUUAUAACUGGGGCCCAUGUGUGCACUGGGUCAUCCCUACAGCUAGGCAAUGGUCUCACUACUGUCACUCAGAAUUAGUAAUAGACUCAAUAGUAUUCAUCACCAUACACAUUUUGACAGGUUUCCAUGCCCCUUUUAGGGCUUAUGUCCCAUCUUCCCACCCCCCCAUUUCCAUUGGCGCGAAAGUGUGGUGCCGUCAGCCAUUUUGAAAAAGUGUGUGUGUAUGUGUUUGAGUAGGGGAAGUGUUGUGUAUGUUUGUGCUUGUGUACAUGGAGAGAAAAAGGUUGAAAAAAGAGUGUGAGAGAGUGUAAAGAGGAAAAAAGAGAGUUUGAGUAAGGUUUAGAG